UUAACAUUUCUCAUAUUUAAGUGUACGGAAAUUAAUCUAUCAUGUUAUUUACCGUACUCGGAGUAAUUGCUCUCUUCCUGAGAGAAAGAACCAUCAAAUCCACCGUCUCAGGUCAAGAAGAAAGAUUCGACCGUCAGGAAGGAUUGGUCACGGCACCCCCAGUGACUAACAGUGAUGGUCGAGAAAUCGGUGACUGGUGUGAAGAUUCAUCUUUGCAUCUGGAGGAACAGAUCAAUGUUCAGACUGAGGAACCGUCACUGGAGGAACCUGUUGAUGAUCAUAGUGAAGAAUCAUCACUGGUAGAGCCUGACAGUGUUCACGGUGAAGAACCAUCACUGGUGGUCUCUGAAAAGCCCGGCUGUAGUCAUGAUGACCCUCCAAAGGUGGUCUCUGCAAAGCCCGGCUGUAGUCAUGAUGACCCUCCAAAGGUGGUCUCUGAAAAGCCCGGCUGUAGUCAUGAUGACCCUCCAAAUGUGGUCUCUGCAAAGCCCGGCUGUAGUCAUUACCCCCCAACAAAAGUGGUCCCUGCUAAGCCCGGCUGUAAAGCUGCCGCUCAAGGUGCAACCGGUCAGACGAAGGGCGCUGUUCCACAUCAGCCAAAACAGCUGAAUUAUAGAAACACACACAUCAUGGAGAUCAACUUCAAGAUGUAUGAAAUUGGCGCUAAGCUGGGCAAAGGAGGCUUUGGAACCGUUUACACUGGGACCCGUAUAAAAGAUCGCCUUCCGGUGGCAUUAAAAGUGGCUGACUUCAAGGUUAAGCAAUUCAUCCAAGUUGAUGAUUUUCUCCAGCCACUUCCAGCGGAGAUCGCUCUGCACUUUCUUGCCUCUAAAGGCCCCAAAGCUAAACCAAUUGUUAAGCUUCUGGACUGGAAAGUGGAGGCUAAUCGUUACUUACUAGUCCUAGAGCGGCCCGUACCCUGUGAGAACUUAUGGGAAUUUCUAUGUAAAUACGACGGUAGAAUCCCAGAGAAGAUAUUAUGGAAAAUCAUGUUCCAUACAACAAUUGCAGCUGACAUCUGCUGCAAACGUGGAGUGCUUCACCGCGAUAUCAAGGCUGAGAAUUUGCUGAUUAACCUGCGGACCCAUCAAGUCAAACUGACUGACUUUGGGUGUGGUGAACGCCUUACUAGGAGCUGUUACAAAGAGUACUGCGGCACACCACAGUACUGCCCUCCCGAGUUCAAUAGCACUGGCUUAUACUACGGGGAGCCAGCGACAGUGUGGUCACUCGGGAUUCUUCAAUAUUUGCUGAUGUUCAAAAAAUUUCCAGACUACCAUGACCUCCAAAACUUGACUUUCACAAAUUUAGGGCAAUAUGGAUGGUCAAAAGAAUGCUGUGAUUUUAUUAGCUGUUGUUUGCAGACUGACUACCAACUUCGGUCUAAGCUGCAAACACUCCGUACCCAUGACUGGUUUAAGGUAAGGAAUACAUUUUGAGGAUUUUGUAAUCAGUCAAAUGAAUCUGUCAUGAGCUGAGUUUCCAUCG